AUGGAAUCUGCAUUUUAUGAUUGUCUAUCGACAAAUAUAACGUUCCUUUCAUCGCCAAAUAAUAUAGGAACCGAAGCAUUUUGGAACUGUUCAAUUCGCGAAUUGAAUUUUAAUAGAUCUACAUCGAUUGCAAAUAAGGCAUUCUACAAUGCAACAAAUCUCGGAAUUGCAAUAUUCGGGGAAGGAUGCAACCUGGAAUCAUUUGGUGAACAAACAUUUGAACUUUGUUCAAGUUUGGAGUUUGUAAGAAUUCCUUCAGGAAUUAAAAAGAUUUCUAAAAGUGUAUUUAGUCAAUGCACAAAACUCACAAAUAUUGAAUUUGGUCAAGAAAUAUCUGCGUUAGCAUUUGAAAAUAAAUGUUUUGCAUAUUGUGGAUUCACAAAAUUUGUUAUUACAAGCUUUAUGCAAUCAUUUGAUUCUCUUGCAUUUAUGAAUUGUAAUAAUCUUAUAGAAAUUAUUAUUGAAGGAUUUCCUAUUGAAAUAAAAACUGGAGUAUUUUCGGAAUGCAACCAACUUAAUAAAAUUACAAUUCAGAGCGAAGAAAUUAAAUUUGAAACAUUACAAAUUUUGUUAGGUUCUAACAUUAAUCAAAUCAAAUUUAUAAAUAUAUCAAUCAAUACAAAUCCUAAUUCAAUAAAUGAUAUUCGAUUUUCUGAAUUCAAAAAUGUUAAACAUAUUAAAAUUAUGAACUCUAACAUAAUGUUGAAUUCAUGUCUAUUUGCAAAUUGUGAAAAUUUGAAAUCAAUAUUCAUGUACACAAACAUAAUCAAUGAAUCAUUAUUUGAAAAUUGUACAAAGUUAACAAAGAUUGUUAUUCCAAGCGUAUUGAAAUCUUCCAAAAGUAGAGCUCUGAUUGAAGUUUAUCGAAGAGGGUUCUACAAUUGUCGAAGUCUUGAUUUUCAUAUAUUGGAUUAUGUUAGUGUUGUUGGUGAUAGUGCUUUCUAUGGAUGCUCAUUUCCUCAAAAAAUAGUCAUUCCUAAUACAAUAGAAAGAAUAAGUGAUAGAUCAUUCAUAAACUCUGGAAUAAAGAUGGUUUAUUUCUGCAGUAACUAUCUGAUAUGUACAAAUAACUCAUUUGAUAAGACAACAGUCGCAUUUGUGACAGAUUCAUAUCAGAAUCGAUCAUUUUGUAAUCUGAGUACAACAAAAAUUGAUAGUUCUUCAUGCCAAGUCAUUUAUCCAACAAAUUCAAUAUAUGCAAAUCAACUUUACAAAUUUAACAAUAGGCGCCGAUAA